AAAAAUGAAAGUCUUGGUAUUGGCAUUACUUGUAUUUGUGGCACUGGCCACUAUUCAGAAAAGCGAGGCGUUCAAUCUAUUCGGACGGAACAAGGAAGCGAAGAAUGACUCCCAAGCAUCUCCUCUGGAUAGCAGUGAAAUAAAAGAAGAAAUUUCUCCAGCUUCCUCCAACAAACCUACUAGAAGACCUUUUCCUCCACCAUCACCUUCAGAUCGACCAGGACCACGUCCAAGACCUUCUCCGCGUCCAAGACCUUCACCACCACCACGUCCUUCACCACCAUCAACACCUUGCGACUAACCUCCAUUACCUCAAUUACCAUAGCCGUCGGAUCAAGUUAAAUUAUUUCUUUCUGAUAAGACAUAUCUUCCCAAAAAAUAGUUUUUAAUUAGUAUAUCCCUAUAUUAACUAAAUACAUUUUAUUUUACUUUGGUUUUUGAUAUAAUAAAAUGAAUUAGUCCUGAUGUUUA